AUGGAACAAUUAACAGUAUCGGAAAGAUUUAAAUUAGCUUCUGGUCAAUAUGAAGAGAUUUUAAACUCACCUGAUAGACAGGACUCAAUUGAAUAUCAGACUUCACUUACAAAUUUAAUAAAAGAAUUUGAACUAAUAUUAAAAAUCAUAAAUUCAUUAUCAUUAUUUAGUGAUAAUGAAGAAUUAAAAGAAUUAUCAACCUCAUAUAUUCCCUAUUUGAACAUUUGGUUUUAUUUAUCACAACUAUACUCAAGAGUGCUUAAAAAAAACAAUAAUAUAUCAAUUGACAAUAAACCUGAAUUUCUACAGGUAAGUAAAUCAUAUUUAAUUGAAUUUUUAACUAAUUUAAAGAAUUAUCAAUUAUUAGACAAAGAUGAAGAACAAAAAUUAAAAUUAAUAGAUGAAGGAGAAAACAUACAGAUAUCACCACAAUUGAAGAGACAAGAAAAAAUAGACAAUUACAAGAAAGAACAACAAUUAAAAGAAAAGAUUAAAUUGUUUCAAGAAAUGAAAGAUGACUCAAAGUCAAAUGCCGACGAUGAAACUGAGAGAAGCAUAUAUAUAAAUCAAUUAAAGUUCAAUUUACUCAAGUCAUUCGAGUUUAUAGAUUUAUUGAACAUGGAGAUUCAAGUACUAAAAAAUAAGCCACAACCAAAAUUACAAGAAAUCAACGAAGAUGAAUUAAAUGACGAUAGAAUUAAAUCGAAAGACCCCACUGGAUUUACUACAAGAGUUGAAAAACUCCCCAAAAAUCAAAUCUCAGAUUUAAUUUCAAAACAAGGUAAAAUUCUCCAACCAUUUACAAUAACAACAAAAGAAAAAUUAAAAAAUAGAGUAUUUGGAACUGGUCAAGUUUUACCAUCAAUGACAGUUGAAGAAUAUUUAGAUUAUGAAUUAGCAAAUGGAAAAUUAAUGAAAGAAGAAGUUAAAGAUCCUAUAAAAGAUGAUGAAAAUUAUGAAAGUGAAGAAGAUGAUGAAGCUCAAUUGGAAAAAAGAAGAUGGGAUGAUUGGAAAGAUGAACAUCCAAAAGGUGCUGGUAAUAUGAAAGCUAAUAUUGGAUAA